UUCUUCGACAGAAACGGGAGAUGUGUUCGAAGCCUCCGCCGAAACGGGAGGGGAGGGGGUGCGGUGCGUUCACAUUCCUGUGGGAUGAGUUUCCUCCGCGUGCGUCACUCCACCACGGUCGCGAGCUUCACCAGGAGGACGCGUCUUUUCCUCACUUUCAGCUCGGACGCCUUCGGGGCUGGACGUAUACGUACCUCCGCUACUUCACACAGCGUUAAAAAAAAAAAAACCUCAGUUUUACUAUGUAGCUGGGUGAAGACAGUGGGCGAAGUGAAGGAGAACAGCGGCUUUCCGUCGUGCGGUGGUGUUUUACCGAAGGAACCAGGCGAAGUUUGGGCGCUGUACGAGGGCCUCGUCGUGCCUCGGCAACAGGUUUUCCGUUUUAACGAAGCGAAGGAGCGCACAUUCGUGUUCGACCGGAUCGGGAACCGGACUAUUUCCAGAACCACACGGAUUUGAUCCUCCUGAGAAGGUUCCAGUGCAGCGUCGAUCCAGCCUGGUCCAGGUCUCUAGUACUGUUCGAACACGCUCUGCCCUUUUACCUCAGCUCAGGACGGGAAUUCACCUCAGACGGGUAUAAAUGCGGUACGAAGCUAAAAUGAUGCCGAUGUUUCUGACUGUGUACCUCAGCAACAAUGACCAGCAUUUCACAGAGGUGCCAAUUACACCGGAGACUGUUUGCCGCGAUGUAGUGGAACUGUGUAAGGAGCCGGGUGAGGAAAACUGCUACCUGGCCGAGAGGUGGCGUGGUUCAGAGCGAGCUGUUGGUGACAACGAGCGAAUGCUGGAUAUACUGCAGCAUUGGGGCCCGCAGAGGUCAGAGGUGCGAUUUUUCCUGAGGCAUGAGCGGGUGCCCGGCCGUGAGUCAGCAGGUGGAUCCAGGGGACAGGAUCAUACAGUCAAAAGGAAUGGGGUGAAGACCCCGAUGGACAGACGGAUGGAGAACGGGGUAUCUGGGCCUCGCAUGGACAUGACACUGGCUGAGCUGCAGGAGAUGGCUACCAGACAGCAGCAGCAAAUCGAAGCUCAGCAGCAGCUCCUGGCCUCCAAGGAGCAGCGGCUGCGCUACCUGAAGCAACAGGAUCAGCGGCAGCAGCACCAGGCAUCAGAGCAGGAGAAGCUCCAGCGGCUGCGUGAGAGGGCUGAGACUCAGGAGGCACGACUCAGGAAGGUGCGCUCCCUCAAGGGCCAGGUGGAGCAAAAGCGCCUGAGCAAUGGCAAACUAGUGGAAGAGAUUGAGCAGAUGAGCAGCUUGUUCCAGCAGAAGCAGCGAGAGUUGGUGGCAGCUGUGUCCAAGGUGGAAGAGCUCAGCAGGCAGCUGGAGAUGCUCAAGAACGGCCGCAUUGACGCCCUCCAGGAUGGUCAGGGGUCUGUAGCCGAGCUAGACCGUCUGUACAAAGAGCUCCAGCUGAGGAACAAACUGAACCAGGAACAAAAUGCCAAGCUGCAGCAGCAGAGGGAGAACCUGAAUAAACGCAACCUGGAGGUGGCAGCCAUGGACAGGCGUGUUGCAGAGCUUCGUGAGCGCCUCUGGAAGAAGAAGGCCACACUGCAACAGAAGGAAAACCUACCAAAUGGCUUUCCUGUUAAAGACAAGGCUUCAAAAGGCAAUCAUCACAAGCUCCCCCCGGAUGGACACCCACCUCAGCAGACUGGACCCUCACGGGUGGCAGCGGUGGGCCCCUACAUCCAGUCGUCCACCAUGCCCCGUAGCUCAGAGAGGCACGAGCAGCUGGUGAAGCCCACCUAUCCUGACGGUACUGCCACCCUGCCCGUUCAAGACGGUCCCUUCAAAGUGCAGGUCCGCAGUGCUACAGGAACACCGUCUACAGGAGUCAAGGGGUCUGAGUGGAGCACCAUCAGCACGGAGUCCAACAGCAGCCACGGCCAGUCCUCCACCCUCCCCCGCAUGCCAACCCGGACCUCUACAGAACAAGCAGAGGAUCCUGAGGUGCAAAAGAGGGAAAAAGAGAAAAAGCUCCGGCCCUUCUCCAUGUUCGAACCCACUGAGCCAGCUGCAGCUUCCCUGCGUAGAAACCAGAGCAGCGAGGAUCUUCUGAGAGAUGGCCAGAAUCAGGGAAAAGUUCCAGUUAAGGUGCCACCACCUGUACCUAGCAAGCCUAAACAGGUCAAUUUCCCCUCUGGGGCCCUCUCUGCCUAUGGGAAGCCAGGUCUGAAUGCAGGAACCUUCCCUGGUAAAGCCAAGCCUCCAGGGAUGAUGUCCCAGAGCCAUACGCUGCCGCUGCCCCCUAAGCAAGAGCCCCCACCAGCAGCAGCUGUGCGGCCCUUCACUCCAGAGCUGCCUACCCCCAAGGAACCUGGCUCUCAGGCAUUCCAGAAGCCUCAGACAGUAGCAGCUAGCUCCAUCUACUCCAUGUACACUCAGAGGCCCACACCUGUGAAAACCUUCCAGCCGGUCUCGCAGGGCUCCCUGCCACGGGGUUCUGGGCGCUCCAGCGCCUUUGUCAGCGUGUAUGGAAAGCCUGUCAUCCAAGGUGGUGUACAGCAGUCCCAAUACCCUGAGAAUCCCUAUGCUGAGCGCACCAGUACGGCUGAAGUGGACCAGGCUCCCAGCACCAGUGUUGGAGAGAACCAGGAGACAGAACGUGUCCCACGGCCACUUAGCCCAACAAAGCUGCUGCCAUUCAUCACCAACCCAUACCGGCACCAGAGCGAUGUUGAUCUGGAGGCGCUGCGAAAGAAGCUGGCCAAUGCCCCAAGGCCUCUGAAGAAGCGCAGCUCCAUCACUGAGCCUGAGGGCCCUGGUGGGCCCAACAUCCAGAAGCUGCUCUACCAGAAAACCACGCUGGCUGCCAUGGAGACAGUCACCACACCCCUGCCUGCCUCCCAACCCCGAGAGGAGGAUGAGGAGGAGUCUGAGGAAAGGGGGAGAAAAGCUGAAGCAGCCCCUCCUGAAGCUCCACCCCCUACCGAGACACUGCCUGCUGCUGAGACAGCCAGUCUGAAUGAUGAGGUGAUUUUGCCUCCACCACCCCCUUCUCGCCCAGCACCCACCCUAGAGGACACCCUAGGCCUGCUCCCUCCUCCCUCCACAGAGGAAGAAGAGUCCACUCUCACCCCUUCCACUGAUGACUUCCAGGAGGAGUUCCCACCAUACCCACCACCUCCUUACCCCAGUGGUGGGGAGCAGGAUAGCCUGGGGGAGGACACCUUCAGCCUGCAGCCUCCAGAGAUCACAGGACAGACCACCUUGCCGCCGGACAAGAGGACAAACCUGCGGAAGGCUGGCUCCGAGCGAAUUGCCCACAGCAUGCGGGUCAAGUUCAAUCCCUUGGCCUUGCUGCUGGACUCAUCCCUUGAAGGAGAGUUUGACCUGGUGCAGAGGAUCAUCUAUGAGGUGGAGGACCCGAGCCAACCCAAUGACGAGGGCAUCACCGCCCUGCACAACGCGGUCUGUGCUGGCCACACCGAGAUCGUCAAGUUCCUGGUGCAGUUCGGAGUCAAUGUCAACGCGGCAGACAGCGAUGGCUGGACACCCCUGCACUGUGCUGCCUCCUGCAACAAUGUGCAGGUCUGUAAGUUCUUGGUGGAGUCUGGGGCAGCUGUGUUUGCUACAACCUACAGUGACAUGCAGACUGCAGCAGACAAGUGUGAGGAAAUGGAGGAGGGCUACACCCAGUGCUCCCAGUUCCUAUAUGGCGUGCAGGAGAAGAUGGGCAUCAUGAACAGAGCUGUGGUUUAUGGCCUGUGGGACUAUGAGGCUGAAAACGAUGAUGAGCUGUCAUUCAAGGAGGGUGACGGCAUGACGGUGGUCCGACGGGAGGAUGAAGAUGAAGUAGAGUGGUGGUGGGCUCGUAUGGGGGACAAGGAGGGGUAUGUCCCCCGAAACCUGCUUGGGCUUUACCCAAGGAUCAAGCCACGGCAGAGGAGUCUAGCUUGAGUGCUGUCGAUCCAGAAGCACUUCAGCCGCAGCUCAUGCUGCAUUGCAGAUGAUCAGAAGCACUGUGGCAGCAGAUCUACAGACUGCCAAAAUAGGGACUUGACCAGAAGAGAUAAAAGGAUACAAGGACAACUAAAAUGAGAGCCAAACUCAUGAAGGGUUUUGACCUACAGAACGUGACUCUAAGGACCGUGGACCACGGACUGAUUUUCUUGGCCUAUGGCUAGAUGUCGUCAGUCUUUUUUUUUUUUUUUUUUUU